GAGGCCUCGGCCCGCACGGCCCCGCCGCCGCCGCCGCGGCGUGGGCGCCGGCGAUGCGCGCGGCCGCGCGGCCGCCCCUGGCGCUGCUGCUGCUGCUGCCGGAGUGCGGCCGCUGCGCCCCGACGCUUGGUGCAGCGCACAGCGUCGCGUACCGCUGCUGCAACGACGUCCACCUCCGUUUCUGUAUGUUGCCGCAGACCAUGGAGCCGUACGCCACCUACAGCUACUCGUGGUCCGACGAGGGGGGUGCGUCGCACCGGUGGGAGGGGUACGUGCCGAUCGCCGAUAUAUCGACCUGCUGUCCCAGGAGAUGGGCUUCUCUUACGAGCUCGUGCCACACACGUACGACCCGCUUGGCUCCUUCUGGGACGGGCUGUCGGCAGACACUUGCGACGUAGUCUUGGCCGGAAUCUCGAACGCCGCCUCGCACGAUGCCACGGUGGGCGAAUUCUUCGCGCUCAGCCAGCCCAUUUUUUCUUCCACCAACAGGGUGCUGGUUCUGAAGACGACGAAGGAGAUGGAUCUCUGGCGCCUGUUCGAGCCUUUCACUCCAGGCCUCUGGUUCGCAGUGGUGUGCAACGUUUUUUUCGUCGCCAUGACAUACACUUGUUGGAAGUGCUAAGCCAUGGACGCUUGAAGGAUGCCAUCACGCCAGAGAGCAUCGCCCAGUCGAGCUACCACGCUUGGGCCGCGUUCCUCGGGGGCGAGGACUACGAGUGGGUCAGCUGGCCUGGUCGAUGCCUCCGCCUGGGCCUCUUGUUCCUGAUACUGAUCGUGAUCAGUACGUACACAGCGAACCUCGCUGCGUUCUUCACGAGGCCCGUGUACGAGAUUCAUGGGCCGACGGACCUGGACACGCUGAAAGGUGCGGUGGCCUGCACGAUCUGGUCGAACGACGUGGCCGCCCUGGAGGGGUUUGUCAGCGAGGUCAUAUCCCCAAACCACACCUGGCCUCACGCCGACAGGAGGCAGUGGUGCCACGACGCCCUGAAGGAGGGUCGAGCGCAGGCCUGGUUUGACGACUACGCCGCACACAACUCGUACCAGCUGAAGCACUGCUCGGCUCUGGCACUGGUGCCAGCCAUCAGCCUGAAGCCGCUGGUGGUGGGGUUCGCUAUGUCUGCCGCGAACGUCAGCCUCGUUUCGAGCAUGAGCGCCGCUCUGGUGCACCUGGAGAAGCAGCCCGCGAUCAGGAACCUCGAGCAGGACCUGUUCGGCUGGGGCAGGUGGCGGCCGCGAAAGGGUACGCCGACAUCAAGAAGGUCUGGAACAAGGGCGCGAAGGGGGACGUCGAGUACUCCGUGGCCAAGGGUGUGCCCGUCCGACUCUGAGCUCGUCAGCAGCACCACUCCCGUCUCCUUCCAGAGCCUCGGAGGCGCUUUCCUUAUCUCUGGGGCUCUGAUGCUGAUGUCCCUGGUGAUGGCGAUCGCCACCUUCGCGUUGAGGAGCUACCAGGGCGCGAAGUACGUGGCGCCCGAUUCGGCGACAGACGGCGAGAUGUUGAGGGAGCUCCUGACGAAGGUGGCGGAGCUGGAGAGACUUUACGCCGGGGCCGAGGGCACUGAGCCUCUGCCUCCGAGCCUCCAGGACGACCUGUCCCUUUCCGUCAUGGAGGUCGCUUCGGUCCCUGUGUGCCCAGCUCCAUCGUCGCCGCAGCAAUCGAAGGAGCGCACCCCCUGGACUGAGGGCGCCUCGGAGCGCUGACGCCGAAGGGCCGAGUCUCUAGGCGCUUCUCGCAUGGACCCCUGCCAUGCUGUUUUCAGACAACUCGGGUUGAAUGCCACCGACUGGCGGAUUUACUCGCACAACGUGUGUUUUCAAGAUGGAAAGCCAGCUUAGGCCUUACUGUGCCCUCGUGCAUGCUCUCAGACAGCCCAGCUGCAUGACUGGCAAGAGACUUUCGCCCUUUGUCCGAAAA